AUGCCAAAGGAUAACUUAUCUGACACACUAGAAAAUACCUAUACUAGCGAUGCCGCUACCUCAUCAGACGAGAGCUCCACAAGCUCGCUCCAUCUCGACGCUAACAAUAAAUCCAUCGGUACUCUCAGCGCCAUUGGCUUGAUUUUCAAUAGGAUGGUGGGUACUGGUAUCUUUGCCACCACCAGUACCAUAUACGCUACAGCAGGAUCUGUUGGUCUCUCUCUCAUCCUCUGGUUUGUCGGUUCGCUCAUCGCCAUGGCUGGUUUGUACGUCUAUAUGGAGUUUGGCUCACGUAUCGUCAAGAACGGUGGAGAGAAAAAUUAUUUGGAAUACGUGUACCGCCAUCCAAAGUUUCUUGUCUCCGCUGUGUAUGGUGCCUAUGUCUUCUUCCUUGGCUGGGCUGCAGGUAACUCAAUUGUUUUUGGUGAGUACAUUCUUGCCGCUGCUGAUGUUGAGCUCACUCGUUGGAAUCAAAGAGGCAUCGGUGUAGCAUGUGUCACUUUUGCUUUCAUAAUUCAUGCUUCAAACGUCAAAGUUGGUGUCUACUUGCAAAAUAUCCUCGGGGUGUUUAAACUGGCUAUUGUUAUAUUGAUCUGCAUCACCGGCCUUGUCGCCCUUGGAGGGCACAUCAAAGGCGCACCAGGAACUAAGAACUUUCACAAUUCAUUUGAAAGUGACAUAAAAGCAACAGGUUAUGGUGUUGUUAAUGCUUUGUACAACAUAAUCUGGUCUUUCGUUGGCUACUCCAACGUAAAUUAUGCUUUAGGUGAGGUCAAAAAUCCUGUUAAGACACUUAGGUACGCAGGUCCAAUCGCUGUGGCUUCACUUUCAGUUAUUUACAUGCUUGCCAAUAUUGCUUAUUUUGCUGUGGUUCCGCUUGAUGUCUUGGCAGACAGUGGUCAAAUUGUGGCAGCUAAUUUUUUCAAGAUUGCAUUUGGUAAUACAUCCCAAAGAGCCAUAUCUGUAUUUGUUGCUUUGUCCGCAUUAGGAAACGUGCUUUCUGUGAUUUUUUCUCAAGGAAGAAUAGUGCAGCAGCUUGGAAGAGAAGGCAUUCUUCCAUUUUCCAGAUUCUUUGGCACUCAACGGCCAUUUAACACGCCAUUAGUGGGUCUCAUGCAGCACUGGAUUGUUUGUAUUGUUACGAUAUUGGCCCCACCCCCAGGAGAUGCUUACAACUUCAUUAUGAACCUAGUUUCUUACCCUUUAAACAUUAUCAACCUUUUUGUUGGUAUCGCUCUACUCUAUCUCAAUAUCUACCACGAAAAAUACAAUUGGUAUCCUAAGAUUAAAGCCAGCUACCCGGUAAUUAUCUUCUUCACACUUGCUUCACUGUACUUGGUCAUUGCACCUUAUAUCCCACCUACUGGUGACCAGUCUGUUUACAAAAGCUUGCCAUACUACUUACAUUGUGUUGUGGCACUUGGUAUUUUUGGUUUUGGUGCUCUGUACUGGUUUGUUUUCUUUUUCGCAAUACCAAGGAUCAAAGGGUAUAUUCUGGACAGUGAAACGUAUCUUGAUGCUGAAGAUGGGUUUUACAAAGUGAAAAUUGUGAAAGUUUCCAAAAAAAAUAAAGCGUCUUCUAAAUAG